GUACGUAACGUUUCGGAUCCAUUACAACAAAAACCCCCAAAAUCCAACGACUAGGGUUUUUCUUUCUGCGCUCACAAUCAAUCUCUGUAAAACCAAGCUUCUGAACUCAUCGUCGCCGCCAUGCCUCAAGGAGAUUACAUAGAUCUUCACAGAAAGAGAUAUGGGUACCGCCUUGACCACUUCGAGCGCAAGCGCAAGAAGGAAGCUCGUGAAGUCCACAAGCGCUCUCAGAUUGCCCAGAAGGCUCUGGGUAUUAAGGGCAAGAUGUUUGCCAAGAAGCGUUAUGCUGAGAAGGCUCAGAUGAAGAAAACACUGGCUAUGCACGAGGAAUCCUCCACCAGGCGCAAAGUGGAUGAUGAUGUUUCAAAAGGAGCUGUUCCUGCCUAUCUGCUGGAUCGUGAAAACACUACACGAGCAAAAGUUCUCAGCAAUACCAUCAAGCAAAAGAGGAAAGAGAAGGCUGGGAAAUGGGAAGUUCCUUUACCCAAGGUGAGGCCUGUGGCUGAAGAUGAAAUGUUCAAAGUGCUCAGAACUGGUAAACGAAAGACCAAGCAGUGGAAGAGGAUGAUCACAAAAGCGACAUUUGUGGGUCCUGCUUUUACAAGAAAACCCCCGAAGUAUGAGCGCUUUAUCCGUCCUUCAGGGUUGCGGUUCACCAAAGCUCAUGUGACACACCCUGAACUCAAAUGCACUUUCAAUCUUGACAUUAUUGGAGUAAAGAAAAAUCCUAAUGGUCAGAUGUAUACCUCUCUUGGUGUGAUGACAAGGGGAACCAUCAUUGAGGUGAAUGUCAGUGAGUUGGGUCUGGUUACACCUGCUGGGAAAGUUGUAUGGGGAAAAUAUGCUCAGGUGACAAAUAACCCUGAGAAUGAUGGUUGUAUAAACGCUGUUCUGCUUGUCUAAGAGGUUUACUGACAACGGUAGAAAUUUGGGUGUGAACAUCAAUGAUGUUUGAAGCAGGGUUCUAAGCCCAAAAGUGGAGUCUUAAAAAGUCUUGUGUAACCCAAUUUUGUUAUAGAGCCCCUUUGUUUUUGGCUGUUUUUUUGGUGAGUUAGCAUCUUUGGUAAAAUAACAGUUGUAUCAAGGGAUAGAUUAUCUGAUAUUGUCAAGCUUAUGUUUUAUAAUUGUUUAUUAAUUACUAUUAACCGGAUUUCUUGAAUAA